CCGCACCCGCACCUGAGAGAGAGAGAGAGAGAGAGAGAGAGAAAGAGAGAGAGAGAUGGCGGCCGGUGGCAUGAGCAGGGAGGAGAGGUGGAGCCUGGCCGGCGCGACGGCGCUCGUCACCGGCGGCAGCAAAGGGAUCGGCCACGCGAUCGUGGAGGAGCUGGCGGGGCACGGGGCGCGGGUGCACACGUGCUCCCGGAGCGCGGCGGAGCUGGAGGAGUGCCGCCGCCGGUGGGAGGCCAAGGGGCUCCCGGUCACCGUCUCCGUCUGCGACGUCUCCCUGCGCGCCCACAGGGAGCAGCUCGUGGAGACGGCCAAGCAAGUCUUCGACGGCAAGCUCGACAUACUGGUGAACAACGCGGCGCAGAUUCUAGCCAAGCCGGGCGUGGAGUGGACAUCGGAGGAGUACUCGCACCUCAUGGCAACCAACCUAGAGUCGUGCUUCCACCUGAGCCAGCUCGCGCACCCCUUGCUCCUCGGGGCCUCCAUCGCUGGAGGAGGGAGCAUUGUCAACAUAUCCUCCCUUGGGGGCACACUUGGGUUCCCGGGCCUCGCAAUUUACAGUAUGACAAAAGGAGGAAUUAACCAGCUUACAAGGAGCCUUGCUACCGAAUGGGCCCAAAACAAGAUCCGAGUGAAUUGCGUCGCCCCGGGCGCGACCAAGAGUGACAUGUUAAACAGUCUUCCACCGGAAAUUAAAGAGACCGAGUUGGCGAGGACUCCGAUGCGGCGGGCAGGCGAGCCAGAGGAGGUGGCUGCAGUGGUCUCGUUCCUCUGCAUGCCGGCGGCAUCUUUGGUCACCGGCCAAGUCAUCGCUGUCGAUGGUGGUCGAACAAUUAGUGCGUAGUUAAUUAUUAAGAGGGCCUCAUCGAUUAAACUCUUCUGCAUGCAGAUUCAGUAAUAAAGUAGCAAGUACUCCCUCCGUCACAGUUUAUAGGGCGUCUAGCCCAGAUCGCUGGAACCAAGGGAUGCAGCGAUUGGCUCCAUUUCAUCUAUAGCAUAGUUAAUUGUAUGCGCCUAAUUAGCUGAGAAGUUAAUGAUUCGGUAAACCCCACCUCCAAUAAACGAGCAGCCUCCUUGCAUGCAUUGGUGGAGACCAAUUCCACACCUGUUCACACCCCAGGUUUCCACCCCACGUUCACACCAUGCAUGCAGCUAGUACUAGUACUCCUAAUUACUCAUGCAUGGUGUACUACUAGGCAGUAAAUGAAACGCGCCUUAAUCCUUCUCAAUUCUGAAAAUGCAUGAAAUCUGAAAGGUGCCUUAUAAACUGUGACGGAGGGAGUAGUUAGCAAGCACCUGAGUGUUGUCCCCUAGUACAAUUAUUUUGCUACAUUGUUGUUAGUUUUUAAUGUAUUUCUAAAGUAGAUUUGUCUAUUUUACU